AUGUUUUCCGACACAAAAAGUGAGGUGUACCAAUUGGCCGCCUCCGCUAAUACCACCUAUGACCUCAUCUCCACAUACCUCGCUACAAAAAGCGACCAGUUGGACGUGAGAAGCGCACAACUACCCUUCCGCAACAACAUGGACCGGCAAGAGUCUCUGCAUGGCUCCUGUAUGUGUGGGCGAAAUCAAUAUCUGAUUCAAAUCCCUGACAAUGUGACCGACCACGCCCGCGUCUACUUCGACGGCGGCAGAGACAACCGGAAAUCCUAUGGCACACCACUUACUGCCUGGCUACGAGUUCCUCUGAACUGGUACCAAUCCCAUACCCAAUCGUUCUUCCCCGACGAGACGCAUGGCACCAUCCGUCGUAUCUUCUCGCCACACCAUGCACCGCACACGCAGAGGGUGUUUUGCGGCUUUUGCGGAUCGCCGCUUACAUACUGGAGCGAGCACCCACGCGAGGAGGCUGAUUUUAUGUCUGUGACUAUCGGUAGCUUAUACGGCGAGGAUCAGCGGCUAUUAGAGGACUUGGAGCUUCUUCCCCAAUGGGAGGAAUCCGAGCCCUUAGGGUCAACGGCAGAAGAGGAGGAACCGACUCCCUCAGAUGCCCCCGUUUCCAAAUCUUCAUCAACGCUCGUUGUGCCCUCGGACAUUUCCACGUCGGAUCUCGCUCGGGCUUAUAGGCAUGGAACCACGGACGGAAUCCCCUGGUUUGAGGAAAUGAUCGAAGGUAGUGGAUUGGGUAAAUUAAUGAAAAGGAGACGCGGCGCUGGAGUAAGCGAUGACCAGUCGACUACUAUAGAAUGGGAGGUGAGCGAGUGGACAAGCACAGGAUCAAAAGCGGAGAGCUCGUCAGCCCAUGCUGCAGGGAAAAGAAAACGUGGUGAGCAUACUGAUAUAGUUGAUAGUUGA